AUGAAGACCUUUGCUCCCACCGUCCUCUGUGCCCUCGUCGCCUUCCAGUGCAUCGAUUCGACCUCGGCCGCCACCACGAGCCAGAACCUCCGCGCCACAGGAUGGGGCAAUGGUGGCUCUGGCGGCAGCGUCCUCGGCCUCAACCUUGGCGGUGCCAUCAGCAGCCUCGUCCAGAACUGCCUCAACGGCUACGGCCUCUUUGACGGCGGCAACGGCGGCGCCAAUGCCAACGUCAAUGUCAACCCGAACGCCAACAUCAACGUCAACCCGAACGCCAACGUCAACCCGAACGCCAACAUCAACGUCAACCCGAACGCCAACAUCAACGUCAACCCGAACGCUAAUAUCAACGUCAACCCGAACGCCAACAUCAACGUCAACCCGAAUGCCAACAUCAAGCCAAACACGAACGUCAACCCGAAUGCCAACGUCAACUCGAACACCGGCGGCAACCCCGGCCCGAUGCCCAACAGCGGCGGUGUGACGCCUGGUGGCAACCCGUCGACGGUCCCGACUGGCGCCCCGACGGCUGCGCCGGGCAGUGUGACCCCCGGUAGCGGUGGCCGCGGCUACUAG